ACUGACUGUGCUUUGUGCUUUCUACUACUCAAACCCACCCCAACCAACUAUAUAAACUGAAUCGAAAAACACGCCUCUCAGCUUCCACCAACACACCCCCCUCCUACUUGUCGACAUGGCCAUCGCCGCCUGCUUCUUCACCGCCUCCCUUCCCAACUCCGACCCCAAACUCAAUCUCCACCGUCCAUUCCUUUCCUCCUCCUCAUCACCCCACCUUCUUCUCCGUCUAUCCGUCCCUUCCUCCUCCCCACUCUCUCUCCGUCACCAACACAGUAACCUUCUCCCUCUCUUCGUCCCUUCUGCUUCUUACUCCGGUGGAGAUGACGGCUUCAACAACCGCAAUCAUGCCGGCGGCGGCGGCGGCGGUGGAGGUAAUGACAACAAUGGAAAUAAUGGUCACGGUGGUGACGAGGAUGGUGAUAAUGCCGCGAAUAGGAAUAGGAAAGAGGCGAUUAUGGUAUUGGCAGAGGCAAACCGGUCUAUAGAGAGUUUGCCCAAGGACUUAGCGGCUGCGAUCCAGGCCGGUAGAAUUCCUGGUGUGGUGGUUUCCAGAUUUUUAGAGCUGGAGAAGUCGGGGAUCUUCCGGUGGUUGCUUAACUUUGGUGGUUUCAAGGAGAGGCUUUUGGCUGAUGAUCUGUUUUUUGCCAAGGUCUUCAUUGAAUGUGGUGUUGGAAUAUUUACUAAGACAGCUGCAGAAUAUGAACGUCGCAGAGAGAAUUUUUUCAAGGAGCUCGAAAUUGUUUUUGCAGAUGUGGUGAUGGCCAUAAUUGCAGACUUCAUGCUGGUUUACCUUCCUGCUCCAACAGUAUCCCUCCGACCGCCACUUGCAAGCAAUGCAGGAACUAUUGCAAAGUUCUUCUAUAGUUGCCCUGAUAAUGCGUUUCAGGUUGCACUCGCUGGAACUUCCUAUUCACUCAUACAGAGAAUAGGUGCCAUAGUGCGUAAUGGGGCAAAGCUUUUUGCUGUUGGCACCACUUCAUCACUGGUUGGUACAGCUGUGACAAAUGCAUUGAUCAAUGCAAGGAAGGCUGUGGAUAAGUCUUCAGCUGGUGAGGUUGAAAAUGUGCCAAUAGUGUCCACUAGUGUUGCCUAUGGUGUAUAUAUGGCAGUUUCCAGCAACCUAAGGUAUCAAGUACUGGCUGGAGUUCUUGAACAACGAAUUUUGGAACCUCUACUACACCAGCACAAGCUAAUGCUUAGUGCAAUUUGUUUUGCUGUUCGAACGGGCAACACGUACUUGGGUUCAUUAUUGUGGGUGGAUUAUGCUCGCUUGAUCGGACUUCAAAAGGCUCAGGAGGUGCAAAACGAAUUGGCUUGAUUUGUAAUGGUCCCACGAAAAUGUAUUGGCAUGAAGUAGGUCUAUCAGUGGAAUUUUUGUGAGGGUUUUGGCUGAAGAAAUUGCAAUUUUCCAACUAUCUAUACCUCACAAUUACUCGAUAAAGCUGACAUCCUACAGCGUGUUUUGUUUUUAUCAGUGCAAAAUUUGUUGUCUAAUUUUUUACCACCUCGGCUCGUGGGUGGCUAGUUUUAGACGCAAACAACAUUUACGAUCGGAGAGUCUACGUAGGCCCUAGUGGUAAAGCAUUUGUAUAUUUUUCUUUUUCCUUUUUUUAAUUUGAAUAUUGUUAUUUGAUUUUGAAAAUAAGGGAAAAUUUGCGUUGUUGUCAAAAACGAAUAAGGGAAAUUUUGCAACUAUUAUUUAUUUA